UUCGUUAUCCGUACGGCUCUUUUCAGUCAAAAUUUUUCGAUAAAUUGACUUUUAUUCCGCGUAGGUUUUGGAAGGCUGUCGCUGCAUUGCAGCUGUCAGUCUUUUAAAUUACUCGAAGUAGGUAACCUAAACAUCGAAAUUCACCCAAAGUGUGACAGUGAGGUUAGUUAUAGUUCAAAUAACUGUUCUGUUAUAAAAUAUGGCCAGAGGACAACAGAAGAUUCAAUCGCAAGCGAAAGCCGCCGAAAAGGCUGCAAAAGCCAAAAAGCAACAGGGCCAUAGUGCUAAUGAUCAAAAAAAGGCUGCUCAAAAAGCAUUGGUACAUGUUUGUGCAGUUUGUAAGGCCCAAAUGCCAGAUCCAAAGACCUACAAACAGCAUUUUGAAAAUAAACAUCCCAAGAACGAAGUGCCUGUAGAGCUGAAAGACGUGUAACUUUAGAAAACAAAGGCGAGCUUCUUUUUUUACAAUAUAAAUAAAUCCUGUAUUUUUUGAUUUCAAUUAACAUCUGUUUAUUUAUUAUAACUACAUUUGUUGUGUACCAAGGCUCUAUGAGGUAUUUGUGAUGUUCUUUUCUUACAUUUAUAUAAAUAAAACAAUAUGAUAUAAUAAA